AUGGCCCUGUCCUGCACAUUGAGGCUUCCGUGCCAUCACCUUCGCCCUUCGAGUGCUCUCCUGAGUAGCCUGCCCAGGCAGGACUGCAGGCUGAUGUCGGAGAAGAAGUCAGCAGCAAAGUGGAAGCGAGAGAAAAAAGCCAGCGAGGGCUGCAGCCUGCCAGGUUCCUCCUGGGAGGAGAGGUUAACAGACAAGGUGACUCCACUGUGGAGACUUCCCUACCAAGAGCAACUGCAGGUGAAGUAUAAAAGCCAGAGGAAGAUUUUGCGGACGCUGGCAUCUCGUCUCGAGGAGCUGGGCACAGACGUGCGGAAACCUGGUGGACUCUGCUGUCCUCUCGAGCCUGUAGUCCCUUCGCCCGUCAUUGAUGGCUACCGAAACAAAUCUACUUUCUCUGUGAACCGUGGGCCGGAUGGAAACCCCAAAACCGUGGGGUUGUACUUGGGAACUGGCAAAGCAAGAAAUAUCGUUUGUGUGAAGGCCAACCACACAAAGAACAUACCCCCGAAACACAAGCAAGUAGCCCAGUGCUACGAGGAGUUCAUCCGUUCCUCCCCGCUGGACCCCUGCCUCCUC